GCUCAGCUGGGCUGGGUGACCAAGGGCUGCAGCCGCCCAUUUCCCGGGCAGGGUGUGUGCCAGGGACCCUGGAGUGACCCGGUCCGGGCGGUGUCGGGCCCCUCCCAGCUCCCAGGGCUGUGCCAGUGUCCCCUCUGUCCCCUGCAGUACGGCCUCUAUUCCUCCUUCAUGGGCUGCUUCGUCUACUGCUUCCUGGGCACGGCCAAGGACGUGACUCUGGGUCCCACGGCCAUCAUGUCCCUGCUGGUCUCCUCAUACGCCUUCCACGAGCCCGUCCAUGCCGUCCUGCUCGCCUUCCUCUCUGGCUGCGUUCAGCUGGCCAUGGGGCUCCUGCACCUCGGAUUCCUUCUGGAUUUCAUUUCCUGCCCUGUCAUCAAAGGGUUUACAUCAGCUGCUUCCGUCACCAUUAGCUUCAACCAGAUCAAGAACAUCCUGGGGCUGCAGGGGAUCCCGAGGCAGUUCUUCCUGCAGGUCUAUGAGACGCUGCGGAGGAUCGGGGAGACCAGGGCUGGGGACGCUGUGCUGGGGCUGAGCUGCCUGGCUGCGCUGGCAGCGCUCCGGGCCAUGAAGAGCCACCUGCCUCGAGCCUCCCCUGCAGAGCCACUGGCUGUCAGGAUCAGCUACCUGAUUGUGUGGAUCUGUGCCACAGCACGCAAUGCUCUCGUUGUCCUGUUUGCCGGCCUGGUGGCUUACUCCUUCCAGGUGAUGGGCUCCCAGCCGUUCCGGCUCACCGGCAGCAUCCCGCAGGGCCUCCCCCCCUUCCGGCCCCCACGCUUCUCCCUGGCAGCGCCCAACGGCACCGUCCCCUUCCAGAGCAUGCUGCAGGACAUGGGGGUCGGGCUGGCCGUGGUGCCGCUCAUGGGGCUGCUGGAGACCGUGGCCAUCGCCAAGGCUUUCGCCUCGCAGAAUGGUUACAGGAUUGACCCCAACCAGGAGCUGCUGGCUC